UAUCGCGCGCUGUAUCCAACAGUGGCCAAAGAGCACCGGGACCGGCGUGGAGAACCGUAGGCUGCAGCCGAUCGCAGACCAAAGUCUUGGGCAUUCGUCGCACAGUUUUGCAAACCCACCCAGAAUAUCAUGUACCGCCUGUGUCGUGUUGUGCCACCCAUGCGUGGGGCCCUGGGCCAGAGCCUGCGCCGCCACUAUGCCAAGGACAUCCGUUUUGGCCCCGAUGUGCGUGCCCUCAUGCUCCAAGGUGUGGACGUACUGGCCGACGCAGUCGCUGUCACCAUGGGACCCAAGGGACGCAAUGUGAUCCUGGAGCAGUCGUGGGGUGCCCCCAAGAUCACCAAGGACGGUGUGACAGUGGCCAAGGGCAUUGAGCUCAAGGACCGCUUCCAGAAUGUCGGGGCCAAGCUGGUGCAGGAUGUGGCCAACAACACCAACGAGGAGGCUGGCGACGGCACCACCACGGCCACCGUGCUGGCCCGGGCCAUUGCGCGCGAGGGCUUCGAGCGCAUCUCCAAGGGGGCCAACCCCAUCGAGAUCCGCAAGGGUGUCAUGCUGGCCGUCGAGCGGGUCGUCGAGGAGCUCAAGAAGCUCUCCAAACAAGUCACCACGCCCGAGGAGAUUGCCCAGGUGGCCACCAUUUCGGCCAACGGGGACCGUUCCAUUGGCGACCUCAUUUCGGAUGCCAUGAAGCGGGUGGGCAGGGACGGUGUCAUCACUGUCAAGGACGGUAAGACUCUGAAUGACGAGCUGGAGGUGAUCGAGGGGAUGAAGUUUGACCGAGGCUACAUCUCGCCCUACUUUAUCAACACGAGCAAGGGGGCCAAGGUGGAGUUCCAGGAUGCACUGUUGUUGUUGAGCGAGAAAAAGAUCUCGAACGUGCAAGCCAUCAUUCCUGCCCUGGAGCUUGCAAAUUCCCAGCGCCGGCCCUUGGUCAUUAUUGCCGAGGACGUGGACGGCGAGGCUCUCAGCACCCUAGUGCUCAACAGGCUCAAGGUGGGCCUGCAGGUGGCAGCUGUGAAGGCUCCUGGCUUUGGGGACAACCGCAAGGCGACGCUGCAGGACAUGGCCGUGGCCACGGGCGGCAUCGUGUUUGGCGACGAGGCCAACCUGAUCAAGCUGGAGGACGUGCAGGCAUCUGACCUCGGCCAGGUCGGGGAGGUGGUCAUCACCAAGGACGACACGCUGCUGCUCAAGGGCAAGGGCAAGAAGGAGGACAUCGACCGCCGGGUGGGACAGAUCAAGGACGAGAUCGAGCUCAGCAAUUCCGAGUACGAGAAGGAGAAGCUGGGUGAGCGGCUCGCUCGCCUGGCUAGCGGUGUGGCAGUGCUGCGAGUUGGAGGCUCCAGCGAGGUGGAGGUGAAUGAGAAAAAAGACCGGGUGAAUGAUGCGCUCAAUGCAACUCGUGCUGCCGUGGAGGAAGGCAUUGUGCCAGGUGGUGGCACUGCCCUGCUGCGUUGCCUGCCUUCACUGGACAGUGUCAAGACGGAGAACGAGGACCAGCGCACGGGCGUGGGCAUCGUGCGCAAGGCACUCAAGCAGCCCUGCAUGCAGAUUGCCCAGAAUGCCGGUGUUGAUGCAGCCGUCGUUGUCCAGAAGGUGGUGGAGGGCAAGGAUGACUUCGGAUACGAUGCCAUGCGCAACGAGUACGUCCAGAUGAUCGGGGCCGGCAUCAUUGACCCCACCAAGGUUGUGCGGACAGCAUUGCUGGAUGCAUCUGGUGUGGCCUCCCUCUUGACGACGGCCGAGGCUGUUGUUGUGGAGCUUCCAAAAGAGGACAAGGCUGAUGCCAUGGGUGGUAUGGGAGGAAUGGGCGGCAUGGGAGGCAUGGGUGGCAUGGGCAUGUAAAGAGGAACGACCAGCGCUCUACCCGGCUGCUAGAAGAAGCACAGCACUGCAAUCUGCUCGCGAGACGCCUGCAAUGACAGCGGGAUCUGAUCAACACAUCCGGUGGAGUUUCUCAAUGGAGGCUGGCAAGCAAGAGUGCUCCAAAGUGCAGUAGUAGUGUAUUAUAGCGACUCAAUAUGAAGUAUUAACAGGAGCUGGAGGAUUGGCCUGCAGCUUUGGUUACGCUAUGCCGAACUUUUUUUUUUUUUUCUUUUUGUAGUAAGAAUAUUUUUAACGAAAUGUAUAGUAUAGUUCAUAUGGAGUAAUGAGGGCAGGGUUCAAGAGCUUGAAAGUAGCUCUGAAUUGCUGCACCCCUUGGGCUCUGCCGUUGGAUGUGUGCAGCGUGUCGGAGACUGAUUCUGGUGUUGCACAGUGCCUCUUCAGUUGACGGCUGGAACAGUUCAUUGACACCAAGAGGGGCACCCUGUGUAGACUGGGGAACGGGUGGCACGUGCUUGGGGCCAGUGUUUACAUUGUUCAUAGUAAUUGCAUAUUCCUGCCUCCUGUAUGGAUGCUGGAGAUGUCAUCCAUUGUUGUGCUCCAUCAUUGUUUAUAGAGGAAAUGUGUAAUAAGAAAUAUGAGUCCUGUUUUCCAUAUUCAUAUAAAAAAGACACACUACUGA